AUGCCACUGGUAGAUUACGGUAGUAGUGACGAAGAGAGUGACGAAGAAGUACAAAAUAAUGAAGUAAAAUUAAAUAAGACUUCAAUAUGUGAAAAUAGUGAAUCUGUAAAUAAUGUAAAUAAUUCUACUUCCUCUAAUAUUUCAUCAAAUUCAAACGAAUCAUUAUUUUCAGCCCUUCCAAAACCCCGAAAUAAUCUUUCUUUGAUCAUGGACGACAGUUUACUAUCAAGUUUGGCAUUUAAUAAAAAAGUUGUUGUUAAUAAAAAUAAAAAGUCUGAAAAAGAAGUUGUUCAAAUAUCCGUACCUUCAAUAUCGGAUUUUAAUGAUGAUGAUGAUGAUAAGCCCCAAAGCAAAAAACCCAAAUUAAUUAGUAAAAAUGCUGGAUUACUUUCUGUUUUACCACCACCUAAAAAUGUCAAUAAUAACUUAAUUCCUAAAAGCAUUUCACAAAUUAAAAAAAGUCAAAGUGAUAAUUCUCGUGUAAUUAAUAAGUUUCUUAAAAAACCCAAAUUUAGUUUAAGUGAAUCCAGUAAUAAUGUUGAAAUGAUAAGUGACAAAAGUUUAAAUAAUGAAACACCUACAAACUACAUGAUCGAAAAUCAAUUUGAAACACAAGAAAAUGUUUUUAGUAGUCCAUUACCAUCAGCAGAUACAUACUAUCCUCAAAAUGUGGAGGAAGAUCCUAAUUCGUUUGUUCCAAGUGCAGAAGACAAUGAAGAAUCAAUUCCAGAAAAUGAACUAGGUUUAGAUGAGAAAGCACUUCAAAUAUUAUGCGGGGGCAAAAAGAAAAGGCAACAAAUACCUAUGAAUAUUAUUGAUUUAUCUGGCGAACAAAUAAUGCCAGAUUCCAAAGAAUGGCUAUUAAAACAAUUAUCAGAGGAGAAAAAAGUCCAUCUACUCAACAAAGAAGGAAACAUCAAAUAA